AUGGAGAACAGCAUCGGCCAGAUGGCCGGGGUGCUGACCACGGCCAGCGCCAACACCAACACCAACGGCAGCAGCAGCGGCAGGGUGCUGCCGUCGCUAAAGCCAGAAUCGCUGUCGGCGGCGCGUCGAGCGGUGGUGGCGAGCACGACAGAGAGCCUGGAGACGGCCGUGAAGACAUUUUCCGCGACGGCGGUAUCGCCGGUGCUGCUGCCGGCGAAGCGGCCCAAGCCGGACAGGACAGACCGGAUAGACCAGCAGGACAGUAACGGCCACCAGCACAAGAAGCGAUGGCGUCCACACAAACCCAAGCGGCUGUCGCGGCUGUCGCGGCUGUCGUGGACGUUUGAGCAGGGCCGACAGGUGUUUCUGCUGUCGGAUUCGGACGAGGACGAGGACAUCGUCUUGGGGGGGACGGCCGAGAUGCAGCAAGUGGAGGUAGAGGAGGUGCAGGCGGAUGAUGUCGAGGGUGUGAAAGUCCAAGAUGCCACCAGGGACGGUGCCAUCAAGCAGGACAUCCAUGGCCAUGACACGAAGCUGCAGACAGGACCGGCAGUGUCCGUUCUCGAAGCACAGGACAAGAUACCGUCUCCAAGCAAAACACAGGCGGUAAGCCGCAUUCCCUCUGGUGUCACUUCUCUCUCGGGCCCGUGUCACACAGUACAUCUGCUGACUGGCCAGCAGACCCAAGCGGCUGUCAUCCCGUCUCAGCCAGUCGAGCCGUCUCGGGAUUCUCUCCCGUCGCCACCGACUCCGCCACGGCCACCUCCACCCGUCGUGUCGUCUCUCCACCGUUCGGCCACGCCGACUCCGGCCCCCUUGACAAAACUGCUCGCGUCGUCGCCCAUGACGCCGCAGACAGCUCGACGGCCUGUCCGGACGGGCAGUCAAGCUGGCCACAGCCGGACGAUCUCGACAGACCCGCGGCUGGUCUUUGAUCGGCUGCCCGAGCUCGACACGCGGCCGUACCUCUCGUACGCGAGCCGGAGCUGUCUGUCCUCGCUGAUGACGGCAUCUACGCCGACGAUCCUCGGCGCCGACGUGCCGAUCAGCCGGCCAGCCGUGGUGCACGUGGACUUCCAGCCCGACGAGGUGCUCCAGGUGCUGCAGGCAGCCUCGGCCUACCAUCGACGGCUGCCGUCCAGCAAGGGAUCGUCGUCGACGUCGUCGGUCCUCCGCCGGCUCAAGCGGCUGGUCCGCGAGCAUCCCGACAGCAUCGCCAGCAUCGCCCAGGCAGCCGCGCCCCAGACACAUCUCGGCCACUCCAGCCGGUCGGCCAUCCCCGACAUCACCACCCAGCGCACCACCGCUGACGUGCGCGCCUUUCUCGCCGACCUCCUGCUGACACACCGCAUCCCCUCGGCCGCUGCUGUCGCGUCGGCCACGUCCCCGGCCUCGGCCGUCGCCAUCACGCUCGAGCGACAGCAUCACCGCAGCCAGACAGCCGCUCGGCAGUCGGCCCAGCGCAGCACGCUCAUGUUUGCCCGCGCCGUCGCCGGUCAGCACGGCGGCUUCGGCUACUGUGGGCGGCUGCUCGCACCCGUCAGCUUCGUGCAUGCCAUCCGACGUUUGCGCGAAGACCGGCUGCGGCUGCGUGGCGAGUGGACCAGCUGCGCCGGCGACAUCGCCACCGUCUCCUGGACCUCUCCCGACGCCUUUCUCUGCGGCACCGUCACCCAUAUGGACCAGUACAACCGCCAGGGCAACUUGGUGCUGGCCUCGGUUACCGCCGGCUCAUUGCGCGCUUAUGCCGAGCACCGCGUCUUGCGAGCCUCUUCGACCCCUUCGGCCACCCCGUCCUCCUCGUCCCCUUGGCUCUACACCUCUGUCGUCUCGUCCGACUGCGCUCGCGCCCACGGGCUCGCCUUCUCGGCUGGCUUCGAUCGUGCCGUGCGCGUCUGGCGCGUCCAGCCCGACGGCUCUGCCAUGACUGCCCUCGCCGAAUGGCCUCAUGCUGGCAACGUCAAUUUUGUCGUCGCUUCCACCGAUCCGGCCGGCCUUGUCGCCACGGCCGCUGACGUCGCCGCGGCUGCCGUGCGCGUCUACCGUCUGGGGCCCGGCAUGGCCGCCGCUCAGCACGACACCCCCCCGCCAUAUCGCUCCUUUUCGUGCUCGCGCAUCGUCGACGGCUUGGAAGAUCGUGGUCCGGGCCCGGAAGCCACUUCGCUCACGCACACCCCUUCAACAUACCCUCAUGCAAACACGCACACUCACACUACUACCACACCCCGCCGCUGGGCCUAUCUCCCGGCGGCCGUCCGCUGGGGCCUCGCACCGGCCGUCUGUCACCUUCUCCUGGUCGGCUAUUCGCCCCGUGGCCUCUCGGUCAGCGCUGAGGACGACGAUAUCCCCGAGGAUCGUCGCAACUCGGGCGAGCUCUGUCUCUGGGAUGCUCACGCCGGCGACCGCUGGCGUAUCACCGGCGCCGGUACAUCACAAAACGUAUUUGAGGUCGCCUGGCAUCCGUCUCAGCCGUGCUUUGCUGCCGCCACCGCGCCAGCUGGCAAUGCCGUCGAGAGUAACGUGCGCACGCAGAUCCGGAUCUACUGGGUUGUAACUGGUGCUGCUGGCUCGGGCCCAGCCCCUGCUCCUGGCUCUGGCUCUGGCUCUGGUUCUGCCUCACCCCCCGACGUCCACACCGCACACGAGCUCCACGUGCUCGACUGCUGUGCCGACGAUAUCAACGAGCUCGCCCUGCUUCCCAACAGCACGGCCCAUCUGUACGUCGCGGCCGGCUGCACCAACGGCCACACGUAUGUCUGGGACACGGCGCGUGGCGGCUUGCCCGUCCAAGACCUCGCCCACGGCCGCUUUCUCGAGGAGCAGGCCGGCGACAAGAUCUCCGUCGAGGAUACCGGCGUCAAGUUUGUCGCCUGGGGUGCCACUCCCGACCGCCUCUACACCGGCUCGUCCGACGGGGUCGUCAAGGUCUGGAACGUGCGGUGCGAUCCGACCGGGCAGAAGCCGCUGGUCCGCGAUCUGCUCGAGUGCAAGGCCUCCGUGUCCUUUGGUGCCUUCUCGCCCGACAAGUCGCGGCUGGUCAUCGGCGACGCCAGCGGUCGUGUCUUUCUGUUGACCGUCGACGGUGGAGGUGGUUUCGACGACAGCGACGAGGAAGGCUUCAUCAGCGAAGAGGAGGCUGCCAGUGUUGCUCCUGCGGCUCCAUCACCCACACGAGGUCGCCAGCCUCGACACGCUGCCCUGGCCUUUCGACGUCAACCGCCCGGCAUCCUCCGGCAUCCGAGUCCGCCACCGCCGCGAAGCGAGGACACCGAGACGGACGCCGAGACGGACGCCGAUCGCACCGACCCCCAUUCUGGCUGUGCCCGGGCCCGCACCCUCGUCCGCACCGGAUGUCUCGUCGUCGUGCCCGAUCGCACCGUCGGCGCUGUGCAGGGCCCACGCUAUGCUGACACCGGCCUCUUCUGUCGCCCCUGCCACCUCGACGGCGAUCCGGCCAAGCCGCUGCUGGCCGCCUGCGAGCGUGACCAGCAGCAGAAUCGCCCACGCGCCUGCGAUGCCCCGCUGGCUGCCCGCCUGCUGCUCCCGAUCCGGGGGGUCGACAAGGACGUCGCCGCUGCCCACCGACGCAAUACCGCCCUCGACCUUCGCCUCUCCAGUCUCGCCCCUGGCACGUGUGUCGAGCUGUACCAGGCCGACCGCGGGACGCUGCAGUCGAUCGCUGAGGCCGCCAACGCCGUGGUCGACUAUGGGUUCGUGUACGAGGAAACCCCGGACUUUGGAGACGAGGAAGAGCCGGCCGACUGA